AUGGAUCUAAGCCAGUCCGACAUCUCUCAACAAGGUGAUGAUGUGGUGUCAGAGCCUGAAUGGGUUCAGUCUAAGGUUAAUGCUUCGUUGAAGAGAGGCGCUGAAAAGGCUAAAGUCGAGCACGUCGAUGUUGACGUAGAGACCUCAAAAAGCUCGUACGAAGCGGAAGUAACUCCUUCUAUAAAGAAGCCGAACACUGAACAGAAGUUGGCGGAGGAGCCUCCAGCGCAUGAAGAGAAUGUGCAGACUAACUUCGAAGGCAGCGUGGUCUCUGCAGGUUGUGCCCUACACUUCGAAGCAAAUACAGUUGUAGAUGUGCCAUUGCUAAGUGUCGUAACAAUCUCUGGAAAUGUCCUAGCCGACGAUGGCGCAACAUCUGUUCAGCUGCUAUGUGAAGAAUCAGACUAUGCAACGGAUACUGACACAUCCGCACUACUCCGGGGCACAGUACAGUUCUUCAACCGAAAUUCGCCAUUAGAAACACUACGGUCAAGUACUUCUCUUAGUGUUUCUCAAAGAAGCUCCAAGAUCCUUCCGGAUGCACCCGAAAAUGAGAACGACGGCUGUGCUGAGAUCACUGUCACUGUAGAUCUACGGAGGAAAUCACCAGUCGAUAUCGAAGAAGUUGUAACUCAGUUUGCAAACCCAUCAGAACUUCCAAAAACAGACGAACAGGAUUCUUUGGCUGCUACAGGAUCUGCCAGAACCUCCACAGCAGAUGAAACAAUUCAUCUUGUAGUGGAAGAGACUCUUCUGUCGCAAAUGGCUUCAUCGGCGCCGACAGAUGACACUGGCAGAUCGCUCACCUCCUCGCCGACCUCGAAGGGACUAAUCAGAGAGACUGACAUCCUCAGCGAUGAAUCGGUAUCGGUGAUGACGGAAAUUAGUCAAAGCGUAACAGAUUUCGUUGACCAGACAUUCACCUUUGUCCGAGCAGAUGCAAGAAAGCGACUCAUUGCGAUAGUUUACUUGGACACCCGUCAGUUUGCGCGAGCUAACGUAGCAGCUGAUAAUACCUUUGAU